UCACUCCAUUACUCGACUCCCACACCCUUUCAAAAACAUCGCUGUCCUAUCCCUUUAACAAAACUGAGAUCGAGCGAGAGAGAGGGAGAUGUGAAGGCAAAGCAAGGCAAGGCAUAAGUGCUGCUCCAACCAUAUACACCUGUGUGACACAGUCUCGUUCGACAUAGGUUGGAUAAGACCUCCAUCGAAGGAGAGGCGGAUUACUUGAGGAUGGACUAUAAUUUCUAGCAACUGGAUAACUGGACACUGUUCACUUUCGUGUUGCUGUUUCGCCGUUAUUUUUGUAUGACGUUUGCGUUUUGAUGGUCACCAAUGAUUCGCGGUUCCUGUACUUGCAAGAGUAGCCUGUCCAGGCGCUGGCACAGCAUCUGCUAAACUGCUGCUAGUUCAAUAUUCUCUGCCGAUUUGGGAACUAAGAAAGCAUCGGUCUAUCAACGGAAAGAGGACUUCGAAUAUCUUUCCCCUUGUAUAAGAGUAGGACUUGUCGGAGCGCAUCCGAACGCGCACUAGCCUAUUUCCAAUAAUUGGCACACAGGACAGGCGGACCUCACGAACCCCCUCCACUCACACACAUACACAGCUGCAGAUGUCAUGGGUUGAUCUGCUUAUUGUAAAAAACUAAAACUAAAACUACAAAACAUUAACCAAAAAGUGUUAUUAUUAUUUAUUUUAAUCAUUAUUUUAUUUUCCGAAAUCGAAAUUGAGGUCUUGUAGAAAAUCUAUCCUCCACACCUGGACAACAUCAUUUUGUGGAUAGAAGGCAUAAAAUUACUCAAUUACAACCAAAACAUGAGAGAAAUUCGCCUCUGUAGAUCUUCUGUAGGUUACCGAGGAAACGGCCGCGGGAUUGGGGGCGAGGGCACCGGUGCGAGGGGACAGGGAGAGGCCGGGGAAGAGGAGCUCUCAGCGCGACUGCCCGCCGCGGAACAGCCGCUGCCGGUGCUGGAGAGCUUGGCUGGGGGGAGGUGGUGGAAGAAUGAACCAUACAUCCGUGAGGAAUUAUAACAGUCGCUGACUUUGGAGACAUAGCCUAUUUCUAAUUCGUCAUAUUUUUCCAUAUGGAUAUACUACUGUAAGAGACGUCUACAAAUUCAAUCAAGUAUAGCUUAGGAUAGCUAAUAUUUUGGUGUUAUUUAUGUGUGGGGAAAUAGUAGCCUACAAAAUCAUCCUUAUUCUCUGUAAGCUUACAUGUGGCACUUUAAGGUCAUCAUAAAUAUAUUUAUGAGCACUUUUCAAAAGUAUACAGCUUGAAGUUUAGACACUGCACCUUAUGAGAAAACUACUGCCUCCCUUCAUUGACCUAUACACAAAUGCCACGAGUAAGGCUAUUCAUUUUCCCUCUCCUAAAUUGUACUUAUAAAAACCUCUCAUAUUUAUUUCACUGAGUUAAAAUAGAUUUUUUUUCAUGAGUGAAACAUUAAGUUGAUCUAGAGAUUCCUAUUUCAAGAUGCCUGGAUAGUAAAGUCUGGUAAUCAAGUCAUUUAUAUGUGUAUUUAUGUGUUGAAUAUUUAAAGUGUGGACAAAGUUGUUGAUAGUUAUUUGGCUGUAUAUUCAUUUUUGAUUAGAAUAUAUUCUACCGUCUUUGCUUGCUGGUGUUAUUUAAAUUGGAUUCUUUGCUUGAGAAUUGACCUCAAGCACUGCCUGAGCAAUAUAUCUGUAUGGCCAACUCAUAGUCUCAGACCUGCAGAUGCUGAACUCAAUAGGUGAGGCACUUACCUGCUUGACAGCAACCCAGACAAAUGCACUUAGGCUAUCAGACAAAUGCCAUGACACACAUUCACAAUCACGUCCAGUGUCAGCAGAUACUCACUGACACCAAUGUAUUUAAUUAUAUAUAGACACUAAUGUCAAGGCAUAGUGGAGGAGCAUUGAUUUACAGCAAGUUUGGGCCCAAAGGAAUGUGACAACGACAACAAUAUCAAACAGACACAGACCGUGGAAAACUAUGGUAACUCAAGACAAAGUUGGAUAUCUAAAGUUGUUUGCUUCGAAUUGCCUCCACUUUCUUAUCGUGGGCUGAAUAGACGAUGGACAUCUGAAGAUACUUUAGAGGUCUGGGAUCGAAGCACCACACCUCUCAUCUUUCUUAGAGAACGCUCGCGCCCGGCGGAAGAGCAUAGCCAACGUGAAGCAGCCAAGCAUGGAGAUCCCUCCCACUGCCCCUCCCCAACCCUUCCGACAAUCCAGUUUCCUCAGUAGAAGGUUGAAGGGCUCUAUCAAGAGGGCUAAGAGUCAGCCCAAACUGGACCGCACCAGCAGCUUUCGACACAUGAUCCUCCCCCGCUUCCGUAGUGCCGACCAGGACAGAACGCGCCUGAUGCAGAGCUUCAAAGAGUCCCACUCCCAUGAGUCCUUGCUGUCUCCCAGCAGCGCUGCCGAGGCGCUGGACCUCACCCUGGAUGAGGACGCCAUCAUCAAGCCCGUCCACUCCAGCAUCCUGGGACAGGAGUACUGUUUCGAGGUGACUACGGCUUCAGGAACCAAGUGCUUUGCAUGUCGCUCGGGUGCAGAGAGAGACAAAUGGAUCGAGAAUCUUCAGAGAGCUGUCAAACCCAACAAGGACAACAGUCGGAGGGUGGACAACGUGCUGAAACUCUGGAUCAUCGAGGCGCGGGAACUUCCCACCAAGAAGCGCUACUACUGCGAACUUUGUCUGGACGACAUGCUUUACGCACGCACCACCAGCAAGCCCCGGACUGACACCGUGUUCUGGGGCGAGCACUUUGAGUUCAACAACUUGCCAGCCGUCCGCAACCUACGCCUUCAUCUCUACAAGGAGACUGACAAGAAGAGACGCAAGGAAAAGAGCACAUACCUGGGACUGGUCAGUAUCCCUAUCUCCAGCAUCACGGGCCGACAGUUUGUGGAGCAGUGGUACCCGGUCAUCCAGCCUAGCGUCCUGGCCAAGGGGCAAGCAGGGGGCAAGAUCAUCAAUGCCUCCCUACGCCUCAAAUCCCGUUACCAGACCAUGAGCAUCCUGCCCAUGGAGCUGUACAAGGAGUUUGCCGAGUAUGUUACCAAUAACUACCGGACUUUGUGUGCGGUGCUGGAGCCUCUACUGAGCGUGAAGAGUAAAGAAGAGGUGGCCUGUGCACUGGUCCACAUACUACAGAGCACAGGGAAAGCAAAGGAUUUUCUUUCGGACAUGGCGAUGUGUGAGGUAGAUAGAUUCAUUGACCGAGAACACCUUAUCUUCAGAGAGAACACUCUGGCCACCAAAGCCAUAGAAGAGUACCUCAAGCUGAUUGGACAUAAGUACCUCAAGGAUGCAAUAGGGGAGUUCAUAAGGGCACUGUACGAAUCAGAAGAGAACUGUGAGGUGGACCCCAUGAGGACACCACCCUCUGUCCUUCCAGAUCACCAAGCCAAUCUCCGCAUGUGCUGCGAACUGGCACUCUGCAAAAUCGUCAACUCCCAUUGUGUGUUUCCUCGAGAGCUGAAGGAGGUGUUUGCCUCGUGGAGGGUGCGCUGUGCGGAGAGGGGGAGGGAGGACAUCGCAGACCGCCUAAUCAGCGGCUCCCUUUUCCUGCGCUUCCUGUGUCCGGCCGUCAUGUCCCCCUCCCUGUUCAACCUGACCCAGGAGUACCCAGACGAGCAGACAUCUCGCACACUCAGCCUCAUCUCCAAAGUGGUGCAGAACCUGGCCAACUUCUCCAAAUUUGGUAUGAAAGAGGAGUACAUGUGCUUCAUGAAUGAGUUCUUAGAGAUGGAGUGGGGCUCCAUGCAACAAUUCCUCUAUGAGAUCUCCAACCUGGACAGUGUGAGCAACGCGGGGGGCUUCGAGGGCUACAUCGACCUGGGCAGGGAGCUGUCCAUACUGCACAGCCUCCUCUGGGAGGUCAUGGCCCAGCUCAGCAAGUCUUCUAACCCUAACCCACAGGAUGCCAUUAUCAAACUGGGUCCCUUGCCCCGCCUCUUGAAUGACAUCAGCAUGGCCCUGCGCAACCCCCACCUGCAGAGGCAGCCCAGCCACCAGAACCAGACAGAUAGAGUCCAUGAGAGACAGACGGAGAGGCUGCUCUCACGACCCAGUUUCCACAGGGGAGUCUCCUCGGAGUUCCAGAAUCUCAUGAUGAAGGAUCUCAACAGCUCCAUAGAUAUCACUCGCUUGCCUUCCCCUACAUCUGGUGUGUCCAGUGGGGGGGUCAUGCCGUCUCGUGCUCAUGCUCAGCUGAGUUUCCAAGAGCGCGAUCACCCACAUCGAGCCUCCAAAGACGUUUUCUAUGUAACCCGCCCUCCCUUGGCCCGAUCCAGCCCUGCCUACUGCACCAGUAGCUCCGAUAUCACCGAGCCAGACCACAAGGACUCCACAAUGAACAGCGUGUCUAACCUGCAGUCGGUGGCCAUGCUCAACUCCUCCCAGGCCUCCAUCACCGGCAUGGGCAGCUUCGGAGGGCUCAGCAGCCAGGGUGGAGGAGGCCUGGGCUCAGGCCUGAGCGGCCAGCUCCGGGCCGGGGGCCGCCACUCGGCCGGCUCGGGGGGAUCCAGCAUGUCAGGGGGCCUCCGGCUGAGCCAGUUGAGCCAGAUGGGCACCACCACCGACUCGCUGUCCCAGCAGCAGCAGCAGCAGGCCGCCGCCCUGAGAUACCCGCUCUCCUUCCAGAACCCCCUGUUUCACCUGGCCACCGGCACUGCAGAUGGACCCCACCUUCACCACCAGCACAGCAGGGCCCAUCUCCCGCCGCCCCUGCUCCUGGCCCCGGAGCCUGACCCCGGUGGCUCGCACCAGGCCUACAUCCCCCAGUUCGCCCAUGGGGGGUUCUCCCGCAGCGAGGACCUGUCCACCCUAAGGACCGGGGCAGGGCACCUGGGGCAGCCAGCCAUUAUCCACUCACACAGCUAUAGUGACGACUACAGCAGGGCUGAUUACGCACGGCGGCAACUGUCCAUGCACGGGCAGGAUAAUCUUCAACAGCAACAGCAGAUGGGCAUGGCCUCUCAGACUGGUACCUCCCACUCCUCCCUGGCCACACCCCCCUCCACAGUCCAGCCCACGCGCCAGAGCUCCAUCGCCCCGCCUUCUGCUCAACGCGUCAAAUCACAGACCUCCCAUCAGCUGUCUGUCAGUGCGGCUGCUGCUCCCACACCAUCCACUAAGACACGACCGCCCAGUGCCAACCUAUCGCCAGAGUCGGGCUACGGAGGUCGGCAACAGGCACCGCGGCAACAGCUGUCGGUCAAAGACAACACAGCCCCUGGACUGCCCCACCAGCAGAGCUCUGUCAGGGAGAGCCAGGGGCCACAGGGAGGCACUACAACGACCAUACAGCAAUCGCAGCAGCAGCAGCAACAGCAACAACCACAGCAACAGCACCUGCUUAAACCUUCCAUCAGCAAACAGGGUUCUGGCCAGUCGCCCUCGACUCUUAACCCCCCGACCCCGGCCAAUGAGAGAACAGUCGCCUGGGUCUCCAACAUGCCUCACCUCUCCGCUGACAUUACUCUGGAGGCUAACCGCAUCGACCGUGAGGAGUUCAAGCUGAAGGAGUACUCCAAAAGCAUGGAUGAGUCUCGCUUAGACAGGGUAAAAGAAUACGAGGAGGAGAUCCACUCCCUAAAGGAGCGACUGAUCAUGUCCCACAGGAAGCUGGAGGAGUAUGAGAAGAGGCUCCUUUCCCAGGAGCAGCAGACCAGUAAGAUCCUCUCACAAUACCAGAGUCGCCUGGAGGACAGCGAGAGGAGGCUACGGCAACAGCAGGUGGAGAAAGACUCCCAAAUUAAAGGAAUAAUCAACAGACUUAUGGCUGUGGAGGAUGAGAUAAGGGGAGGAGCCGUGGUUGAGCCGCCAAAAGCUAACGUUAGGGUCUUCGCCGAUCAGGGGGCCCAGCAUUCCUCCCUGGGUUCAGCAGACCCCUGUGUGAAUACUGAAGGUGGAAGAGGAGGAGGAGGAGGAGGAGAAGAAGAAGGAGAUAAAGAAGGAGGGAUGACUACUGAUCCUGACCAUACUAUCUCUUCCUCAUGCAUCUCCUCCACUGGCUUGCCCCGGAACGAGAAUGGAGUCCCCUCCCCACCCGUAGACCCUCCUCCUCCCCCCACUCCUCAUCUCCACUCCAGUCCACACCAGAAUGGAGAGCUCCGUGUCAACCCAACAUCCUCCCCAGUGACAAGCACGGAGGCAACUGAGAGCAAUGCAACAGCAGGACUUGGCAUAGAGGAGAGGGAGCAGGUCAAAAACAACACAAAACCAAAUCAGAGAGAGAAGACACAAAUAAAAAAGUCUUGCCACAUUUCCUUCCUUUUUUGAGGAGGAUGAGAUGACUGCAAUCUUUCCCGUUUCUUUUAUGUGUACUCAAACCAGAGAGAGAAGAAAUGUGUGGCGGGGUCAUUGUACAUUUAACUGUACAGUACGUUCAGCAUUAUCAUACAAGACAACAAAAGGGCUUUCCAAUGGACCUCAUUUCCGUCAUGCUCAAACUGGGCUUUGGUCAGUAUCUGUCUUGCAGGACAAGAUAAUGAUACCUUUUAGUUAUCGUUGACAUUGUGGGAUCCUCAUGUACUGUUUCAAUCGAUCAAACUAUAGAGCCUAUAAAACACUGGUAUAGGCCUAAUCCCCAAACCAAGCGACUAUGUGAGAUUUUGCUUUGUGUGUUUGUUUAAUCAAAUAAAGACAGUAAGCAAACACUAUAUAACAUCUCACUCCCUAAAGACUUCUCAGUUGCCAAUAGCAUCCUACUACUAUAUACAUGCGUGUAGUAUCCCAUAAUUACAUCGAGAAAGGUCUAGUCAUUUCCUGUCCUGAAAACUCCAGCUCUCAAAUUUAAUUGGUAGAGAUGUGGUCAUCUGGCUUUUGUAGUCUGGUUUCCUUAGUGCCUUUGAGUGUAUUUUAACAGGGUUUUCAAAUAACAGGCGGAGAUGAUAUUGACAGAAGGAUUAUUUUAACUGAUGAUAGUACAUAAACAGUCUAAUCAAGAUCCAAAAAUAACUAUGCUGUUUGAAAUGCAGACUAACUACAGAGUCCAGAACAAGCAGAAUACGGUUUUAUUUUUGCCCUAAGGAAAGUAUUUGAUGUUUUCAAAACAUUGUGUGUAAAUUAAGGGACUUCCCAUUCGUGGACUGGACUCGUGCAAUGUUUUCUCUUCUCAAUCUCAGAACCUGUGUGUGAUCAACUGGUGCUACAGACACAAACAGGGCUGUCUCCAAAUCAAGUGUGUGUGUCAAUAGCACUGCCUGUCAUGUUUCCCACUGUCUGUAUGUCUGUCUCUCUCACUCUGUCUGUUAUUGUCAAGGUAGCCUAUUUCUUUUAUGUAUUUGUCUAUGUUUGUUUGUUAUGUGUGUCGUGUCCUUACGUGUGCAAUUAUUUAAUGGAGUGGGAGCUGGGUCAAGUAGGGUGCAUAAACCAAAUGAGACAAUAACAAAGUUGUCAGGUAAAAAGUUUACCAGCAAUUUUAAGUGGUUGAAAAUAUCAAAGGGAUACUAUUUGUGGACCUUUAGUGUCCUGGCAUAUAACAUAGUCACUUGUAACACCUAGUACACUUCCAAAAUUGUUGUCAUGGCCUUUUCUGUUUAGUACCACGUAAACUAUUUAUUUUAUUCUUAUUUUGGGGUAGCCAGUUAAGUCUAGCCUUAAGUGCCUGGGUCUCAGAUAAUCACAUUUUGGCCAGUAGUCAAACAGCGCUCAGACACAUUUGUAUGUGGCAUAGACUUUCUUCAUGUCGUUUCGAGGGACUACUUUUAAGUUAACGUACCAUUCAGCUGAGCAUGAUGAAUGCUAAUGUAACAACAUUUUGAGAAAACAAAGAUUGUUUGGGGCAUCGUUAGUAAAGAGUACUUCAAAUCUAAAACAUGUUACACGCACAGUGCACUAAAAGGAAUUCAUUGCUUUGUGUCAACUGUUCAGAUAUCACCUGUCAUUGAAUACUGUUAUACUGUGUUGUCAUGUCCUCUUGUUUUGUGUAUAACUUGUCCAUUGUAAUCUUUGUUUAGAUGUGAACUUGGGUUUAUUUUGGCCCUUUUUGAUUCACACUGGUGGUGCUUUAUAACUAGUUGGAUAACAUUCCUUAGCUGGCUUAGCGUCUCAAGUGAAUUAACAUGCUUCAGACAGUCCUGGUUUUGCAGAACCCAACACCAGUCUUAUUUCACUUUUUGUAUUUGAUUAAGAGUCAAUUUACUAAGGGCCAUAUCCUAACUUGAUUUAUAUUUUUGCAGUUCUCCCAUUGGCAUCAUGCAUUACGAGUAAGUCUGAGUUUAACAUGCGGAUCUCAAGUUAGGAUUCGGCACUUUGUGUAUAGGGUCAAAAUGCCUCCGCCAAUGCUGUGUCGGUCAGUACUAGGGGAUUAGCCAUAGUGUAGAGUGGAUGAGAUUCAGAGAUAUGAGAGAGAUUUAGAGUGUUGAAUUAAAAGUUAACCAAAUGUGAUUGUUAAUAGGGAGAGUUUGUUGUAGUUAACUUGUGUUAAGUCAGCUAAUAUGGCUACCUUUUUAGUGCCAAAACAUAUCAGUAAUAAAAUGUCUUUUAAAGCAGCUAGGGUUUUACAUCUACAUUGAGUAAAGAUAUGGGACUAUACAGGGUCACUGGUUGAUAUAUGAGCAUUGCCAUUAAUAUACCUCAGAGAUGGAGAAUUGAGAGACUCAGGUAAACAAAUAUUUGCCUCAGAGCUAAACACAAACUGACAAAGAGAUGAAUCCUACUUUGGAGGGACUGCCAUCCGAUACAGUGGUUGGUGCAUCUCUUAACGAGAUCUAUCCCACUGGGCAAAAACUGGUUGAAUCAACAUAGAUUCCACAUCAUUUAAACAAAAAGGCUAAAUGUGAUGUAGUUAUGCAAUUUCAUUAGGGACGUUAGGGAAUUUAGUAUUUUUUCACCCAAAUUUGAACCUAAAUCCAAUGACAUGGAUUAAAUUCACUUUAGUUGACAACUCAAUCGAUUGUAAAUCAAAAUUAGACGUUGAAAUGACGUCUGUGCCUAGUGGGAUGGCUAUGAUUGGAUAGCAACUCAUCAAGCACCUCCCCGUUCCUUCUCUCUCUGUCUUCCUUUUCUCUCCUUAGCCAAUCACGCAGCUUCGUGGAGGACAAUCUGGAACCUAAUUGGCUGAGGCAACAUGGGCAGCCCGCAUGGCCUGGCCAUAUAUCAAGAGCGCUCUCUCGUGAUGCGAUUGGCUGACAAAGGGAGAAGUUGGGCCAUUGGUCCAAUUCUCCUGACCUUAAGGAUAGUCCAGAGCCACAGCUGACCAUGUAAGGAUCUGCUGUGUUAUUUACCCUACUUUACUUGGGCCCUCUCUCUCUGAUUGGAUGGCUGGACAAUCUGUAUUUGACGCUUGUGAUUAGAUAUUUUCUUUUCAAGACGUGCCAAUCUCGGGAAAUGGUUUUGUUGGCUCAUCAAGCAUGUGAAGAACAGCUAUGCAGAUUGACAUGAUAUAAACCUUUUGGGAUUGAGUAGUAAGUUAAAUGAAAGAGGGAGAGCUGCUGUGUAUAAGAUGCAUUUCAAAGGUGCUGUAAUUUUUCUUUCCUAACAUUUUUCUAAGAUCUCACAAUUUGUUUCUUUCAUUUUUCCUUCCUAUCAUUUUCUACAGUCCACCCACUAUCUACCCAUUCCUCUUUCUAUCUAUUCUUAACCACCCACCUCAGUUUAUGUUCACUUUUAGACUUUUUCUGCUCCUGUUCAUAUCUGCCAUGGUUUUGGUUUUGUUCUUUCUUCUUUAUCUCUAUUAGUUUUACAUUUAAAGGAAACUAAUUAUGCACAGCCUAUUACAAGUGAAACUGCUACAAAACAAAAUAUUGCUUCAAUUAAAACUUUGAAAAAUGUAGAAAAUGCUAUGAUUUAUAUUUCUAUAAUAAUGCUUAUUCUUACCGUAGUACUACAUAAACUUUUCAUUGGAAAUCUUCCUCUCGCAAAUGUUUAUUUCUUGAUAAUGACAAGACUAGUAUCUAAUGACAGUCCAGAAAUGAUCAAUUUUAUAUCAACUGAUUUUUCUUAAGACAAUCUUAUGGAACAUUACCCUUUUGUGGAGAAAGAUUGCCCUGGGAUU